CUUUCAUAUCCAAGACUGACAAGAUGGUUCUGAAGCUCUACACGUACCCUGGCAACUACCGCGCCUUCAAGGCGCUGAUCGCCGCCGAGUUCAACGGCGUUGACAUUGAGCUGCCGGAGUUCGACUUCGCCAAGGACGUCAAGACCAAGGAGUUCAAGGCCAAGACCCCCGCUGGCAAGGUGCCUCUUCUGGAGACGGACGAGGGCUGCAUCUUCGAGAGCGGUGCCAUCGCCAAGUACGUUGCUCGCCUCCGUGCCGACACUGGCCUGUACGGCAAGACUUUCUUCGAGUCCGGCCAGGUUGACGCCUGGAUCGACUUCUCCGCCUAUGAGCUUGAGAUCCCUCUUGAGGCCUGGCUGUACCCGAUUCUGGGCUGGGGCCAGUUCAAUGCUGCCGCCCUCACCAAGGCCAAGGCUGACGUGAAGAAGGCUCUACAGACCCUCGAGAACCACCUGCACCUGCGCACCUACCUCGUGGGUGAGCAGAUCACUCUUGCCGACAUCUUCAUUGCCUCGGCUCUAGUGUACCCGUUCAAGUUUGUGCUGGACAAGGAGUUCCGCAAGCCGUACUCGGCCGUGAACCGUUGGUUCUCGACGCUGGUGAACCAGCCGGAGUUCCAGGCUGUUGUCGGUGACGUGCCGCUCAUCGACGUGGCUCUGACCGCUGAAGGCGACAACUCUGGCAAGAAGGCCGCCAAGAAGGACGCCCCCAAGAAGGAGAAGGCUGCCCCGAAGGAGGAGGCCCCCAAGCCCAAGAAGGUGGAGCACCCGCUUGCCGUGCUGAACCGUGAGAAGCCCUCGUCGCUGAACCUGGACGCCUGGAAGGUGCAGUACUCGAACACCAGGAACCUGGCCGACGCCAUGACGUGGUUCUGGGAGCACCUGGACACAGAGGGCUACUCUUUGUGGUUCUGCGACUACAACUACAACAACGAGAACACCAAGAUGUUCAUGACGUGCAACGCCGUUGGUGGCUUCUUGCAGCGUUCGGAAGCCAUGCGCAAGUACGCGUUCGGUGUGAUGGACGUGUGCGGUGCCGAGGGCUCCGAGAUCAUCAUCACGGGCUGCUGGCUGUUCCGUGGUGACUCGGAGAAGCACAUGAUCGAGGCCAACCCGGACGCCGAGUACUACACGUGGAAGAAGGCGGAGCUGAACGAUGAGACGAAGGCUCGCGUUGCUGCCUACUGGUGCAACGAGGACGAGCUGGAGGGCAAGCCCAUCGCUGACUCUAAGGUCUUCAAGUAAGCGGCGUCUCGCUGUCAUGCGUCAAGUGUCGAUGAGCUUUAGUCUGCACUAGUUCGGCCAUUGUCGUCAUUAACUUGGAAAUAAAUGAAAGGAAACAAUAUUAAA